UUGCCAAGCCAGCAUGAUGCUCGUGAAAUGAGGAAAAAACCAACCACGGAGAACAAAAGAUCUGUUUUCUACUGCCCUGACUUAAAGCAGAGUACCUCUGUGGCCUAUCUUUCUCCUUUGGCCCCAAAAUGACAGUAAUUGCUGCAAUCAGUUGUGCUUUCUUAUUUUCCAUUCUCUGUGAAACAAGUGCAUUAGUGUUACCCAACUCCACUGACCUACUCCUGUCAGACAAUAAUUUCACUGACAUUGAGACAGCUUUGGCAGCUCAUCUGGACUCUGCAAAAAUUCCCAAAGCCAGGCGGAAGCGCUACAUUUCGCAGAAUGACAUGAUUGCCAUUCUUGAUUAUCAUAAUCAAGUCAGAGGCAAAGUCUUCCCACCUGCUUCCAACAUGGAAUAUAUGGUUUGGGAUGAAACUCUUGCCAAAUCUGCAGAGGCUUGGGCUGCUACAUGCAUUUGGGACCAUGGACCUUCCUACUUACUGAGAUUCUUGGGCCAGAACCUGUCUGUAAGAACUGGAAGGUAUCGAUCUAUUCUCCAGCUGGUAAAGCCGUGGUACGAUGAGGUGAAGGAUUAUGCUUUCCCUUAUCCUCAGGAUUGCAACCCCAGGUGCCCCAUGCGAUGUUAUGGACCCAUGUGCACCCACUACACACAGAUGGUUUGGGCCACUUCCAAUCGUAUAGGCUGCGCAAUCCACACAUGCCACAAUAUGAACGUCUGGGGAUCUGUUUGGCGACGAGCUGUUUACUUGGUAUGCAACUAUGCCCCAAAGGGGAACUGGAUCGGAGAAGCACCAUAUAAAGUAGGAGUCCCAUGUUCGGCUUGUCCUCCAAGCUAUGGAGGUUCUUGUACCGACAAUCUUUGUUUCCCAGGAGUAACAUCAAACUACUUAUACUGGUUUAAAUAA